AAAAAGGAAAAAACCAACGAGAGUCACUCUCUCUCUCUCUCUCUCUCUUCGACACUGUAGUGUUUUUCAUUUCCCUCCACAGAUCUCCGAAAAAUCUCAAAAACUCCAAACCCUAGACUGUUCUCCCUCCAAACUCUCCAAGCAACCCCAAAUAAAUCUCGGAUCGUAUAUAUAUCCCUAGUCCCUACUUCACCCCUUUCCCACCGAACCUACACUAUCAUCCUAUCUGGUCGCCCUGUUGAUUUUCUGCAAUCUUGAUGAAGAAGGUCGGUGAGGGGAUUGGGCAGUCUUGAUGGACCAUCGACAUGCCUCAACUGCGUAGCGGACCGCGCCGAGGCCGACCACCGUGUAAGAACCAGAAGAACAACCAACCGAUCGAGCAGCUGAAGGAGAAGGCGAGAGCUGUACGGACUCGUCAGAAGGAGGAGAAAAAGAAGGAGAAGGAGUUGAUUGUGGUGGAUGAUGAUGAUGUGGAUGGUGAGAAGGCAGUUGUGAAAGUUAGUAGUCCCGAGGCGACGUCGUUGGAGGGGCGAAAGGGUGAAGAGAAAGGAGAGGGAGAAGGAGUUAGGGUUUUGGAGAAGGAGAUGGAUGAGUGCGAUAGCGGUGGGAGGACUGGGGAUAACGGCUUGGCUGGUGAAGAUGAAGGAACCACUGCUCCACUUCCUGAGAGGGUUCAGGUUGGUGGUUCUCCGACAUACAAAAUUGAGAAAAAACUCGGUAAGGGAGGUUUUGGACAAGUAUAUGUUGGUCGCCGUGUCAAGCCUUCAAAUCCACAUGAAAGAACUGGCCCUGGUGCUGUAGAGGUAGCUCUGAAAUUUGAACACAGAAGCAGCAAGGGAUGUAAUUAUGGACCGCCUCAUGAGUGGCAAGUUUACAAUGCACUUGGUGGCAGUCAUGGUGUACCACGAGUACACUAUAAGGGUCGGCAAGGCAAUUACUAUAUAAUGGUGAUGGACAUGCUUGGACCUAGUUUAUGGGAUGUUUGGAAUAACAACUCCCACACGAUGUCCAUUGAAAUGGUUGCGUGCAUUGCCAUUGAAGCAAUCUCUAUAUUAGAGAAGCUGCACUCCAGAGGAUAUGUGCAUGGGGAUGUUAAGCCGGAGAACUUUUUGCUUGGCACACCAGGGACUCCUGAUGGGAAAAAACUGUUUCUUGUUGACCUUGGAUUAGCCACCAAGUGGCGAGAUAGUUCAACCGGUCUGCAUGUUGAUUACGAUCAAAGGCCAGAUGUUUUUAGGGGAACUGUGCGCUAUGCAAGUGUGCAUGCUCAUCUCGGACGAACUGGGAGCAGGAGAGAUGACUUGGAAUCUCUUGCUUAUACGCUCAUUUUUCUUCUCCGUGGCCGGCUGCCCUGGCAAGGGUAUCAGGGAGAGAACAAAGGGUUCCUUGUUUGCAAGAAGAAGAUGGCAACUUCUCCAGAAACUCUUUGUUGCUUUUGUCCUGCGCCUUUUAGACAGUUUGUAGAGUAUGUGGUGAACUUGAAGUUUGAUGAGGAACCUAACUAUGCAAAAUAUAUCUCGCUCUUUGAUGGGAUAGUUGGUCCAAAUCCAGAUAUCAGGCCAAUUAACACUGAUGGUGCUCAAAAGCUUAUAUAUCAGGUUGGACAUAAAAGAGGUAGAUUGACAAUGGAAGAGGAAGAUGAUGAACAACCAAAGAAGAAGGUUCGAAUGGGAAUGCCUGCUACACAAUGGAUAAGCGUUUACAAUGCUCGCCGGCCUAUGAAGCAAAGAUAUCACUAUAACGUGGCAGACGCGAGGCUUUCUCAGCAUGUUGAGAAAGGAAAUGAGGAUGGAUUAUUUAUCAGCAGUGUGUCAUCUUGUUCAAACCUGUGGGCCUUAAUUAUGGAUGCUGGCACUGGCUUCACUUUUCAAGUUUAUGAGCUCUCACCCCAUUUUUUGCACAAGGAGUGGAUAAUGGAACAUUGGGAGAAGAACUAUUUUAUAAGUGCUAUAGCUGGGGCUAAUAAUGGGAGCUCAUUGGUGGUGAUGUCCAAGGGUACCCAGUAUUUACAGCAGUCCUACAAAGUCAGUGAGUCUUUUCCAUUCAAGUGGAUUAACAAAAAAUGGAGGGAAGGAUUCUAUGUAACUGCCAUGGCUACUGCAGGAAGUAGAUGGGCAAUUGUAAUGUCCCGCGGUGCAGGAUUUUCUGAUCAGGUUGUAGAACUUGAUUUUCUUUAUCCUAGCGAAGGAGUACAUCAGAGAUGGGAUUCUGGGUAUCGUAUCACAUCAACAGCUGCAACUUGGGACCAGACUGCUCUUGUUCUUAGUGUGCCAAGAAGAAAACCUGCAGAUGAAACACAGGAGACUCUUCGGACUUCUGCUUUUCCUAGUACACAUGUCAAGGAGAAAUGGGCAAAAAAUCUUUAUAUUGCAUCUGUUUGCUAUGGUCGAACUGUUUCAUGAGUGCCGUUCAGGAAAGAAAAAAAAAACUGCUUCAUAAGCUGGCCAAAGAAAUUGAAGCUGAUCAAAGAAUACUAUGACUCCCUAGUCCUGGGGCCAUGAGCCAGUUCCUUCCAUCUACUGCUAAGGUCUCCUUGUCUACCAAGAUAAAUUGCGUAACCGUGUCGUUUGGGAGUUGAUGUAUGCAAGGGUAUUACUUAGCGUCACCACCACAGAGAAAUGUUACCAACACUAGUUCACUGUGUCUCAGUAAUGUCGAGAUGCUUUUUUGCUAAUGUCCAUGAUCUUUGCACUGUCAAGUCUGUAUAGCGUUGAAAGAUUGUUACUAUCUAAGGCUUGCGCUCGUGAUGGCUUUUAUUAUUGAUGGUAUUGGAAAUGUACAAUUUUAGAAUUGAAAUUGGACCCUAUAAGUUUAUAUGUUGUUCAUCC